AUGAAGAAGAGUCAUAUUUCCAUACCGGUGCCCUCAAGCAAGUUUCAAAAGGUCGUCUGCGCCGCAUGCGAGGAGACCCUGGUGGUAUACUCCCACGCGUCCUCGCUUGUAACGUGCAACUUUUGCGGAAACACAAUUACCGAACCCACCGGCUCAAAGGCCAACAUGCGCGGCAAGAUAGUGGGAACCGCCGAGUAG